GUUUAGUUCCCACACGUGUCAUGGUGAAAUAUUGCUGUACGGCUGUUCUAUACAUGUCGGAUCCUUGGAGUAGCACGUCCUUUUACAAAAAAGAAAACUGCUUGGAGUGAACUCUUCAAUAAAUCUCCAACUCAAGAAGACGUCAAACCAGCUUCAUUCAUUUUCCUUGUUCGCUAUCUGCCUAAGCAUUGUUAGGACACAACUGCUAGGACAGAAUAGUCGAUGAAGCGAUCUUUUAAAGACGUCACAGCGACAUAGGCUAUAUGUGCUUACUGGGUGUAUAUAGCCUAUUAUUAUUUUUUUAUGUAUUUAUUUGUUAUUUUUUCCACGUUGCUUAUUGAAGUACAGUAUUUGUUUUUCAUCUUAAUUGAGAUCAUAAUUAUCCAGUUUCCUUUCAUUAUUAUAUCAGCUGUAUUUACUCUUGUCUUUCUUAUUGUACUGUUGUUAUCUUUUCUGUGCUUUGGCAACACAGAUCUAUUGAUUUUGUCAUGCCAAUAAAGCAAAUUAAAAUCGAAAAAAAAUGUGUGUGAGAGAGAGAGAGAGAGAGCUCAGAGGGGGAGGGGCGCCCAGAGACCUCUGUUGAUCGCGCCUCCUCGCGAUGCGCUCGCGCUCACACCAACCGGGAAGCCUCUGGGUCUGACAGCUGGCGUACGGACUGGGGAACCAUAAACACUGACGGAAGGACGAGCGGCUCUUCCCAGAAAUUAUCCCUGUUUGUCAGCGUCAGGAGGUGUCCUCCGUGUCUCCUCUGCGGCUUUUGCUCCCUCUCUCUCUCACACACACACACACACACACACACACACACACACACACACACACAGAGGAUGGUUAUGUGAUAGGUUGGAGCAGAGCCCGGGGGUCUGAUGAUGAUGAUAAGGAUGAAGAGCAGGUUUCUGCCGCUGACCGGGAAGUUCCAGCCGACGCUCAGUGCGGAAUAAAGGAGCCCCGUUUUCACUGAGGGAUUAAUUCACUUCUUUGAUUGUAGAAUUCCUCCUUUCUUCUUGUUUCUUGGCUAAAAUGGGCUUUUCAUUCUGCGGGCGGUAGCCUACAUGUUGCCGGGCUGACGGAUGGGGAUCUUCUAUGGCCAUAUCUGGACUGAUUAGAGUUAACAGGACGCAACAUAUCCAGGUCAAAUGAGCGUCUAAUGUGUGCUGAGUGUGACAUGGGGAAUACGGGACUAUUCAGCCUCCUUUAUUACUUCAUUCUCAACUGGCCCUUUAUGAUUUGUGCAAAUGGUAAGUGAACCCCAGAAAGGAAGCAAAUGGAGAAUGAUAAAAAAGCUUUUAGAAAGCUUUAGUUUAAAAUCAAUGGCAGCAUGUGUGCAGGAUUAAACCUCUCCUGCUGUGUCGAAACUAAGCCUGUGCAAUUUUUUUCCUGCAUUGAUUUGAAUAGUGGAGCAUUGUAGCAAUAAAAACAGUUCAACAUUAAAAAGCAAACACAGAAUGAGCCAGCUGUGCCACAUCACAGCAUCAUGAAAGAAUGGCAGAUUGUCAGUCAUGUGCUGUAAUAAAAGCUUUUCAGAGUAUUAAUGACAGUUAAUUGGGAGGACAGGAGGAGUGUGCAUGGAUGGCCACACCAUGGACUGUCUCAGGCUUAUAGUAUGAAAGGUGUAUCACACUGCCAUCCCACUCAUUCAUUAGUGCUUCUGCCUCUCUCCCCAUUGCUCUUAUAUACCAAAGCUGCAUUUACCGAGGUCCCUAAGGAUGUCAGUGUGGGGGAGGGCGAGGAUGUGGAGAUGCCCUGCGCCUUCAAGGCGCUCAGCUCAGCGCCCAUGUCUCUGGAGAUCCAGUGGUGGUACCUGAAGCACGCUGGGCCCAAAGAUCUGCCUCAAGAGCUGCAGAUCAGCUCGCCGGCCAACACAGCACAGGUCGUUCCAAGGGAAGCCACCAAAAUAAGUACUGUGCGUGUUCAGGGCAACGCCAUCUCACACCGCCUCAGCCUGUCCCGGGUGAAGAAGGAGGACGAGGGCGUGUACGAGUGCCGCGUGUCCGACCUGUGGGCCGACGACGCCGACGCCACCGAGUUCACGGUCCGCGCCACGCUGCGGGUCACGCUGGGGGGGGGCGGCGGCAUGGUGGCGGAGGAGGCCGUGUCGCACAUCCAGAACCGCUGGCCGCUGAGGAGCAGCAACACAGCGCUGGGAGGGGCCGGUGCCGGGAGGGCCACCAUGGAGCCGGGCCGGGGGGGCCAGCGGGGGCUCGCCCCCGCCCCGGCCAGCUCCACCAGCAGCACCUCGCUGGCCAAGUCGUCAGCUUCAGCGCUGCCAGGGAGCGCUGCCAUCCUCCGGCAGCAGCUUGGAGCGGGUGAGUGGGGGGGGCUGCAGGUUGAUGUUUCUCUGUGUGUUGUGGUACAGGAUGCUUCGGUCCUUCCAUCAGUUGUAACGUUGAGGCCUCGCUGCCAUGUCAGACUGGACACCGCAUACUUCAAAUAAUCAUAUUGUCCUGUUAAUAUUCUGGAAUUAGUUAAUACUCACUGGAGUAUGGGAGAGAGUCUGUAAUAUUAUUGUGUUAUGUUCAUAUUUUAUCAUUCUGGCAUCAGUAGGGACUCUAGCUUUGUUCACAUUUGACAUCUACGUGUACAUGUACAGCUAUCAUAAAACACAUUUUCUCUGUUGCAGUAACAUGAUUCAGAUUUGGAGGCAGCGCUGCAUGUGAGAGCAGGAACAUUUCUGUAUGAUCCAUGUGUGCGCUCAUGUGUUGUAUGAAUUGUUGAUGAAGGCUCAGCUCAGUGUUCUCCAUUAUCUCCUUCUGAUCCUGCCACAGCUCUUUCACACCGUUCUAAUCUCUUUAGAUCAGGAGAGCAUUUUGGUGGACAUAUGUAUGAAGGUGUAAGACCUAUGUCCUGCCAGCCGCUUGGCAGACGGCACGGGGAAGAAUGAGGGUUGGGGGGCGGGGGGGUUAGCUCUUGUUCCUGCCCCAGUUCUGUUCUAUGAAGCGUACUCGUGAAUAAUAAAACUCAUGGUAGUGGAGUGAGCUGCGCUGCUGAUGAGAGCAGUCGCUCUGCCUCACACUGUCUGACACACGCCCACUGAUAAGGGACCUACAGACGCAGAUGCUGGGCUCGGCUUACAGCAACAUGUACCUCCGUGUGUGUGUGUGUGUGUGUGUUUCUCAGCUUUGAUCAGCCAUUCCCAAGGAGCAGAUAGGACUGAUGCUGCUGCAUGUGUGUGGAGCCUUUUAUUAGAGAUCAGAGGCGUAACAGUUGGGUUGGUACCCUGGUUUAGGAAUCACGGUUGGGUACAGCGGGGAAAAAAACUAAUGCAUAAAGACACACUUUUUUUAUUUAUUUAUUUUUAACAGACAGUAGUCCAAGUGUCAAAGACAGACCGUCCCCCUGCUGGGGUUUGGAUACAUUUUGCCCACUGACAGCUUUGGUAUGACGUUAUUAUUUCAUUUAAAAAAUGAGGACGAUUUCAAAUACCUCUGGAAACUGUUUUUAAUAUAGCCUACAGUAGUAGUGUAACAGACCGCCCCUAUGGUUUGGCAUGCAUGUGAACCGCGGAUUAAUUACAAACGUAACCAUCAUAGUGAAAUAGGAAUACAGUUUAGCUGCAGCUGUUAUGUGAACGGGGCUCAGCAGAGUCUCCCUGCAGCGGGACAGCACUGCCGAUCAAGCGCUUGAAUGUGGUGUUAAUGGGUAGGCCUACUCCCGUACAGCUCGCAGCAGUUGUUAAAACAGACUGUACUAAAACACGGAACUGGACUGCUGUUUAACGUGACUACGAAACGUUUUCAUAGGUUAUGAAACUGUCUCAUUUUAACGCAAGAAAUAGAGGAGACGCCGAAACUAUCGUUGCAGCGCCGUGGGCCGAAACGGCCAGAUUGGAUAACAUGGGCGGCGAAAUAAAAAUAGCCACGCUAUACUGGACAGCAGCCCGCCACGGACAGACGGCAGUCGGAGCUCUGGCGGAAGGCUGACAGCUCCGCACCCGUCUGGUACAGCCUGACUCUGCGAACGGAUAUCCCAUUAGCGCUAGCUUUACAGUGGAGCAUUGAGAUCCAGUCAAAUCAGCACCAUCCGCACAUGUAUAUAGGCCACUAUGCGGCUGGUGCUGAUUUGAACUCCUCUCUGAGUUCUGCUUACAGCAUGAAACAGAUUGGCGGUUCGAUCCCUGGCUCCUUCGGCCACAUGUCAAAGUAUCACUGAGAGCAAGGCGCUGAACCCAGAGUUGCUCCCUGGAAGCUGUAUGUGUAUGUGUCCACGGCCCCUAAUGCUUAGGAUGGGAUAAAUGGAGAGAUACUGUCAGGUGUAUGUGACGAUGAGAAUAAAGUUUGUAUUGUUUUGUUACCAGAAGAGAGUGGGCCUUUCUGAUUAGUUUGGUUUCGGUGUCCGGCU